CAAAUUUAGAUAUAUGCGUAAAAGAUUAGGAGGAUUACAUGCUGAUAGUCUAGAAGAGUAUAUUCAACUUGCUAAAAUAUCUUGGCAAUAAGAACUAAUCUUUUAUGAAACAAAAUAAGAAAUUGCGGGUUAAUAGAGAGAUAUUGAUAAUUCUGAAAAAGAGACUAAUGUAAAUUUAGAUUAUUACUAUUUGAUAGACAACUUCUAUUGAGGAGGAGUAAGAGAAAAAAGAACAGAGCAAUAUUAAUAUAUUAGUUGUAGACAAUCUUGAUAAAAUUGAAUAAGUUUUUAAAUAUUGUGGAAUAUUUAGAAAGUUAAAGAAAAAUUAUUAUCUUGAGUAUUGUUCGAAAUAGGAAAUAACAGAUUCUAAGGAAAUUCAUAUUCACUUUUGGGUUAUCAAUUCAACAAGUGUAAAAUAUUAAGAAUUAAUUGACAGUAUAUUACUCAUUAAAAUUAUGAAUAGUUUAUUAUAGAACGGCAGAUUGCUACAUUUAUUUGGAUAAGAAAUCGAAAGAACAGCAAUUUUAAAGAUUUCUUGAAAAAGUUCAAUUGCUAAAUAAGAACAAAAAUAAAAAGAUAUUUAAAACUGGAUUCUAUCGAAGAAUUAAUGUAAUAAUAUACUAAAAUAAUAAUAGAGUCAGGAAAAUUUAUCAAAGAUUAAAGAGAAUGAAGUAAUAACUCUAAGAAAUGUAUAAGAAGUAUUGAAGAGAAUAAAAUAAUAAUAUCUUUGAUCGAG